AUGCCGGACACGACUUGUUGGUUCGAUGGAUCCACCGCUCAGCGGAAGCUAGCAAGAAUAAAAGGAGAAGAGCAGUUGAAAGCUCUCGUCACGGCUCCUGUCAAUUUAUCAGUUCUAAAGUUUAGCAAUCCCAGUAAGAUAGACCAACGGGAAAAAGUGUUCAAAGGCCUCGCUCCAUCAUACUUAUUCUCUGCGGACCAUGUUCUCGCAAAUAAAAAGCAGUUCCGUGCCAAGAAGUGUCCACCGAUGUGUCCUCAGCGUCCACUUGGAGGGUUUAUGAUUGAAGAAAAUAGGAGUAGAAAGAAAUCUAAAGAAGAACUUCCUCCUCUUAGAUUAUCACAGCACAGAAAAAGCAUUUUCGUACCACCAAGACCGAGAAAAAGAGAACGAGAUUGGACAAAGACGACGAUUGCCCGCCUGUCAAAGAGAUGCUCUUGGUGGAUCGCAAAAGUUAUGCACGAUGAUCCAAAUUCCGCACGAGAACAGGUCAUUGGGAACAUCUUACGAUUCCACGGAGAAUGCAGUGACGCGGGAAGUGAGCCCGAGUUGCUUCCUGCAAUUGCUACUGAAGCUGACCGUGAGAGUUUUUACAAUCGAUGCGCUACACAUGGAAUUAUGAUGCGAAAAAUUCCACAUAUGCCGGUUCCGAACGAUGAACGCAUGACUCUCAAGGAGUUAGCGAUGGCAAAUCAAAGAGAUAUGUUUGGAAAUCAGCGAACGAUGAUGGAGUGGGAGUUUCAACUUAUCAGUAAAAAAAAUAAAAAAACGCUGCCUGUCAUGGAGAAUAUCAAUCGAGACGAAACGAUGCCAAAGAACCGACCACGUUCGGCAGCAUUUGAUCUCAGAGUUACUUCAAACGAGUCUAUUCAUGCCGCCAUCACGGACACCGAAGAAUUCGAAAACGACGAACACGAGGAGCCAAUUUAUAUCGCUGUCAAAGUUUGGCAAGCUGCUUGGGGAAACAGUGCGAAUUGGAUCGACCUGUCUCUUCAUGAGCUGCGUCUAAUUCUUGAGCGUAAGGAGACGCUUCUCAAAGAAAAUUGUAUGAGCGCUCUUGCUGCGUCAAUUAUGUAUGGCCGUAAAACAAAACACCUCAGUGCGGACGAAAAGUUCAAGCUUGACGAAGAACUCUCGACAGUUUCGCUCGAGCAGCUAGACUCAAGCAACGUCCGCGUCAAAUUGGCAGCGUGCGCAAUCAUACUCAUUACUCCCAUUGCUGGACACGAAGAAAGACUUGUGAAGGCACUGAAUGAAAUUGUGAAUGUGGAGACAGAAAUAUCAGAUGUUUUGUUCGCCUGCUGCAUGCUCGCACACAUAAACGGGCAAAACAUUCACGAUAAUGUUUCUUUUAUUCUUUUCCAAGAUUAUGUGACCUACAGAAAGCCUUAUAUUCUUAGCUUGUUGAAGAAAAUCUCGAAGGGAAACUCCAAAACUCACAAAAUUCUCGCUGAGUUCUUAAACUCUGGGAUUCCAGAGGAACGAGCAAUCGCUUGUUAUGUGCUCAGCGAAAUAGACACGAAAAUGAUGUCCGACGCUAUUGAAGAUAAAUUGGUUGAGAUGCAGUGGUAUGAUCAGGUCAAAUCUGUCCAGCGAUCUGCGCUACUUUGCCUACACAAGACCGGUCGGGAGUCAAGGGUUUUCGAAUUCGUUCUCAAUCUGCUAGCUGACUCGCUUGAAUCAGUAACCAAACAUGAUGUCACUCUUACUGCGCUGGAAUGGAUCGUUAACAAUGGAACUGUAUCUGACAAGCUCAUCCGCACUCUGCUGCUCUGCUUCAACAGCAAACUUGGUACGAUUCGAUCUGCGACUUGUUUUACGGUCGGAGAACUGAGAAUCAAGCACCAGGACAUUGUUGAAAAUUUGAUAACGAUUCUCUCUUACGAAACUUUGCCUCAAAUAAAAAAAGACGCAAUCGAUGCUCUAGCAAAGAUCGAGCCAGGCAAAGGAAGACAAAAGGAUGAAAUAACUGCUGCUCUGGCGCAUGCAGUCCGUUUCGAAGAACAUCCACGAGUUCGCCGAGCUGCUGCAUAUGCAAUCUAUAUCCUAGAUGUCUUUCAAAACGAAACGUUAGCAGAAGUCAUUAGAGAAAGAAUCGUAGUUGAGCCAGAAGAAAGCGUCCAAGAAGUACUUCGUCUUAUCCUAGACAAAUUGAACUUGACCGUGAAGCAAGUCCUAAACGAAGAUGAAAUGCUCGUCCAAAUGAAGAUCGACAUCAAAGCACUCUGCCGACCAGAGAAAAUUAUCCCCUCAAUUUUGGCAAGGAAAAAACGGUCAAAUUAUGAACUUCCACCUUCUCCUUUUGUAAACCUCGGAAAAUAA